GGUGAGGAACUUGGGGCCCCUGUCACCCUCCGCUGAAACGAGAAUGGGGGACAUGGAUUAUAACAACUCAUACUAUGAAGACUACCCUGAAGGUUCUGACAUCAUGGUUGUGGAGGACAUUCACCCGCAGGAAAGUGGGGUGAUCAGGAUCUUCCUGGUGGUGGUCUACAGCAUCGUCUGUUUCCUUGGGAUCCUGGGCAAUGGCCUGGUGAUCUUCAUUGCCACCUUCAAGAUGAAGAAGACAGUGAACACGGUCUGGUUCCUUAACCUGGCCAUCGCAGAUUUCCUGUUCAAUGUCUUCCUCCCAAUCCACAUCGCCUAUGCUGCCAUGGACUACCACUGGAUUUUCGGGACGGCCAUGUGCAAGGUCAGCAACUUCCUGCUCAUCCACAACAUGUAUGCCAGCGUCUUCCUGUUGACUGUCAUCAGCUUUGACCGCUGCAUCUCUGUGCUCCUUCCGGUCUGGUCCCAGAACCACCGCAACCUCAGGCUGGCCUACGUGACCUGCGUGGUUAUCUGGGUCCUGGCUUUCUUCUUGAGUUCCCCAUCCCUCGUGUUCCGGGACACGGCCAAUGUGCAUGGGAAGAUAUCCUGCUUCAACAACUUCAGCCUGUCUGCAGCCAACUCUUCCCUGUGGGCUGCUUACCCCCGCCUGGACUCUAUGGGGUUUAGCCGGUACAUGAUGGUGACCAUCACACGCUUCCUCUGUGGCUUUCUGAUACCUGUUCUCAUCAUCACAGCUUGCUACUUCACCAUCGUCUGCAAGCUACGGCGCAACCGCCUGGCCAAGACCAAGAAGCCCUUCAAAAUCAUCGUGACCAUCAUCAUCACCUUCUUCCUUUGCUGGUGCCCCUACCACACCCUCUACAUCCUGGAGCUCUACCACACCACCGUGCCUGGCCCCGUCUUCAGCUUGGGCUUGCCCCUGGCCACUGCCAUUGCCAUCGCUAACAGCUGCAUGAACCCCAUUCUUUAUGUCUUCAUGGGUCAGGACUUCAAAAAGUUCAAGGUAGCCCUCUUCUCCCGCCUGGUCAACGCUCUGAGUGAAGACACAGGCCACUCUUCCUUCCCCAGCCACAGGAGCUUUACCAGGAUGUCAUCGCUAAACGAGAGGACCUCGAUGAAUGAGAAGGAGACCAACAUGAUCUGAGCCUAGCCUGGAGGGCCCAGGAGACACUCCCAACCUUGGCGUCCAGCUCUAUGCCUUCUCAAGACCACGCGGUAACCUCUUCAGCACCCACCAAUGCCAGCUGUAUUUUACACCGGGCUGAACAGUGUUUGGAGUCCAGGGCUAGGAGCCCCUUUCUUCCAGUGGCAUGGUGGACAUGGCAUGCCACGUGGCUCACAGCCUUGGACCGGCAUCCCAUCUUUCUUAGGAGGCCAGCCUUGACUGGCACAAAGCAAAAACGGGAGAAUUCUCAAAAGCGCUACCCUGAACUGUGAUAAGCAUAAGAAGGGGAUUGUGCUACCUGCGGUGCGUUCCCCAGUAAUGACACACACACUCGAUGGGGCCGUUCCUGGGCUGAGCAGAGGAAACCGGUGUGAUGCAGUCCACGCCUCUCCCUGCACACCUGUGUGCUAGCCAGCCGGAAACCCACCGCUCCGGCCAUUCCUCUGGGUUAGGGCGUGUGGAAAUGCACAGGGUACCUGCGAGAGGAGGGGGACAUGAGCCCAUGAACUCCCACGACCAUGCAUGGGGCUUUCAGAUCCCCUGGGAAGACAAAGAACAGGUCCUGAGGGGCCACGUGGGCACUUUGUGAAGGCAAGACAAGCAGGGUGCCAUGAGGAGUCGGGGAAGGAAUGGAGAAAGAAGAGGAAAGGCCUCUCAAUGGGUGCAGCAUGAAGCAGCUCACCUAGACCCUCCCAGAGGGAAGGUGCUUUGUGCUGUAGUUAUUCUCGGGGUCCAGGUGGUGCUAGCUCUUCCCCCAACCCCUGUCCUCACUUUACAUUUGCUCCUGGCAGCAGGAGACUGGGCCCUGGGGCAGCUUCCCCAGCGGCCCCCACCCCCUCCCAGAGAUGCCUCUC